UGUCUGUCGCCAUGUGCGUUUUUGUACUUUAGUGUUGCGCACCUGCUGCUGAGAAAAGUUUGUUAAUAGGCUGGACUACACUACACUGACUUGUAGUAGUGCGGCAAUCCACUUUUCAGGAAGGAAACCUGAGCUCUGGAAAGAUAUCACACAGCCUUGAGCUCUGGGAACGGCGUAACACCCGGAACUCCGGUUCCUUCUCCCAGGUUUAUUACAAUAACACCAACGUUUACGCACGUGUUUGCAUUUCAUACGUUUGAACUGGAGAGAAAUAAACUUUCUGAACGCUGACUAAAAAAUGUCAAGCGUUAAAGUUCCUGAGUUUGGCCUGAGAGAAGUGGACAUAUGCGACGGGGAACUAGAGUCUGAUGAAGAAAGCGCCGGAUUCCAUGAUGUGCGUUCACAUCAUCUACUACAGGAACCUUCAGAGUGCGCUAACGGAGCCUUAACGACUUUGUCACCCAAAGGGGGUCUGGUUUCUGACGAAGCAGUCAAGGCUGUGCGCCUGGAGCCACUGUGUAAUGAAGUCUGGACACGGUCUGAAGAAGACGAUGGUAGGUUCUUGUGUCGGUCAUCCAUCGUGGACUGUCUCCUGGUGGAGCUUUAUGACACGUACAGCAGCGGGAAGGGCCUCAGGAGUGCGGACAGUUUAGACAGCUCGACUGAGGCCUCAGGAUCAGACGCGUUUCUGGGUAGAAGCAACACGGCAUCCAGCUUUCUGCAGGAACUACAAGAAAAACACACCAAGAGACACCAGAGGAAUUAUCUCUCCCAAAAAGAUCCAGAGGAGCUGAAGUGGAUGAUUCAGGAGGUGAAUUAUCGUAUCGGAAUUCAGUCAGCUAAACUGGUACGGCAACUGAAAAGGAAGGACCGACUACAUCACAAGCAGCAGAAGAAAUGUGACAUUGUCACAGCCUGCCUGCAAGCUGUCUCCCCAAAAAGAAGGGUGGAUACCAGGUUGAAAUUUACUCUAGAGCCAUCUCUUGGAAAGAAUGGCUUUCAACAGUGGUAUGAUGCCCUCAAAGCAGUGGCUAGGCUCCCAACUGGAAUACCCAAAGAUUGGAGGAAGAGGGUAUGGCUAACAUUAGCUGAUCAGUACAUCCACAGCAUUUCCAUCGACUGGGAGAAGACCAUAAGAUUUGCAUUUAACGACCGUAGCAAUCCAGACGAUGACUCUCUGGGAAUCCAGAUAGUGAAAGACCUGCACAGAACAGGCUGCAGUUCUUAUUGUGGCCAGGAGGCUGAGCAGGACCGCGUGGUACUGAAGCGAGUGCUGCUGGCUUAUGCCCGCUGGAACAAGACUGUAGGUUACUGCCAGGGAUUCAACGUGCUGGCUGCCCUUAUCCUCGAGGUCACAGAGGGCAACGAAGGCGAUGCGUUGAAGGUGAUGAUUUAUUUAAUUGAUAAGGUGCUUCCUGAGAGCUACUUUGCCAACAACUUGCGUGCUUUGUCUGUGGACAUGGCUGUAUUCAGGGAUCUGCUCAGGCUUAAGCUUCCAGAGCUCUCGCAACACCUUCACCACUUACAGAAAGUAGCCAAUCGGACAGGAGGAGGAAGCUAUGAGCCUCCACUCACCAAUGUGUUUACCAUGCAAUGGUUUCUCACCAUGUUUGCCACCUGCCUUCCUCACCACACCGUGCUGAAGAUCUGGGACUCAGUUUUCUUUGAGGGAUCAGAAGUGCUGCUGCGUGUUGCCAUAGCCAUUUGGGCUAAACUGGCAGAGAGGAUUGAAGAGUGCCAGACUGCAGAUGAGUUCUACAGCACUAUGGGCUGUCUGACUCAAGAGAUGCUGGAGGACAACUUAAUUGACUCCAAUGAACUCAUGCAGACGGUAUACUCCAUGGCCACUUUUCCUUUUCCCCAGCUGGCUGAGCUAAGGGAGAAGUACACUUACAAUAUCACUCCAUUUCCUGCUGCAGUCAAGUCCGUUGGCAGCCAGGGGCUUCAUGGAUGGGAAAGUGAUGAUGAUGGUGAGAUGGAUGAUGAGGAUUCUAUAGUUACUGCUCUGGGAUGCCUGGGACCAUUAGGAGGGCUCCUGGCUCCUGAGAUUCAGAGAUACCAAAAGCAUCUAAAAGACCAGCGAGGGGAACAGAGCUCUCCCUGCAGCAGUAUGGCUGAGCUGAGCCCCGGGGCGGUGGGUACUGGCCGGGCAGAGCACCAUGCCACCAUCAACAGCAUGAUGAUGGAACGCAUGAGCACAGACAUCAGAGCACUCACUAAGCAGUACUACCGCAUCAAGAGACGGCAGCAGCAGCAAGCGAAUCUGCUUUACAUUCACACAGGACUGCCAGUGGAAGCUGAACCUGUUACUCCUCAUAAGUCUAGUAAAGAGGCGAGCCUUGACAGUGAUAAAUGUCCAGCCACUGGCAUCUUUGCCUCCCAAAUACACUCUUCACCUGUGGUCAAUCAUCUUCUAUUGGGAAAGAAGGCCUUAGCUGCUCAGCAUCCUUGCAGAAAUGGUAUAGCCCAUGGGCCAGGGCCAUUUCCGAGAGCCCAGUCCACCCCGACCCAGGAUCACAGUCUUCAGUCCCCAUGGCGUGCCCAUGUUUGUGCUCAUCGCAGGAACCUGGCUCGGGCCCGGGCCCAGUUGGGCUUUGAUGACUCUGAGGAGAUAGAGGAUACGACCAGUCCUGAGCACAAAACAAAGAGAGAAGAGGGAAAAGAGAAGAUGAAGGAAGAGGAAGCUCAAGGGAAGGAGAGGAAAGACAGCAGUGAAAACCAGGAGAGAAUAGAUGUGCCAUUGCAGGAGCCAGUGCAAGGGAUUAUUGAGCAGGGAGACUCCAAGCUCCAGCUUCAGAAUGCUGGGUACAGUGAGGAGAUAAAAGAGAUGGAACAGCAACUAUCCACUCUAGACCUGGAUUCGUCAGCACAAGCUCCUUCAGAGUUGAACGAUCCAGAAUCCCCUUCUCCUCCCCCAGAGCCAGAGUUGGGAAAUAAUCUACAGCCACAACCCAAACCAAAUGCACAGCCAUACAUCUCAUCACUGGCAUGCUCCACCCGCCAUGACUCUUCCAGCUCAGAAAGCACAGCUUGCUCUUUCAUGCAGAGCUCCUCUGUAGCCUCUACCCCAGAGAGUCUUCCCAAACCACAGCAGAUCUUCUCACCUUUCCCCUGUGUCAAAGCACCCCGCAAAUCCAUGGCUGCCCGCAACCUAGGCCUCUAUGCCCCCACCUCCAGAACCCCCAAUGUGCAGUUCCCACAUAUGAGCAAAACCUUGAACCAAAUGGCUGCUGGCAUUGCUGUGUCCACCAGACGGCGAUGAUUAGCAGCUUUACUUAUUCUUCACCUGAGCUCUGAAACGGAGCCUUUCAAAUAUACAGAAGGCUUGCUUUUUCAGCAUGCAUAGAAGGUAUAGCAGUAUACAGCACAAAAGCCACUGAGAUAUUGUACACAGUAGAUGUAUAGAUAAAAAUGAAAAUUUCCAAGCUAGUCAAGAUUAUCUUGAAUGUGUUGAACAUUUUUUUUCAAGAUUUUUUUAUACUACUCAAAAAGAGCCAAACAGUUAGUCUUUUCUAGCGGUCAGAAUUACUGGAGAAUGUAAAGAAGCCUUUGCAUAUUUAUGCUGCAUGUCUUACCGAUGGCUUUUGCCAUAAAUGUAUUGGAUAUGUACAGUAUAUGGAUAUAUUGGUCACAAAGCUACAUAUACUGUAUAUAUACACACACACACACACACACACACAAAUAUAUCCUAUUUAUUGGCUGGCAAAUGCUGUAUACUGUAUAUCAUUAUAACACUCCCUCAUUUCAAACAUACAGCUUGGUUUACUUAUCAUAUUCUUUCUGCCAUAUUUCCUCACAGAGUGUAAUGCAAUUUGCCUCCUGUUAUGUAUCAUUUGUCUGUCACUUUAUUAGUUGGUUUGUGCUGUCAAGUUUAGGACAUUUCAAUUUCCUAACCAUAAACAGAAAUAGCUGUAUCUUUACUCUUUAUUUCAUAGCUUAUACUUUAAAGAUUUUGAAAUGAACAAAGUUAAUAUAUUGGAUGUAAUAAAUUUAAAUGAAUGACUCAUGUUAUAUUUACAUUUGAUGCUUGAGUUAUUUCAGUAAACAAGAUUGCACCAAUAAAAAAUCUACAUGUAUAAUAAAA